AAAACAUAUGUUUGUUUGUAUUUUUGCCACACGUGUGUUUAAAAGUCGCUCCGGAGCAAACAAAUUAAAAUGAAACAAAAACAUUCUAAAAACAGGGCUAAACCCUAUAAAAAAACAACGCCCGCCCGUCGAAAUGAAAGGUUUUCGAAAAACUAUAGUUAUAUUCAGAGGAGCAAGCAAAUGGAGGAGUCGCAUCGCAGAGAAAGGAUGCCCACAGUCCCGAAACAGGAAUUUGAGCCCGUGGCCGAACUCCUGCCGGAGAUUCCGGACGAUGUGGAUGAGGCAGGAUUCUAUGAACAGCUAGUGACUGGAUACAAUCACAUUCCUACAAGUCAGAUUCUUAACUCUACCACGGAGGACCCAAUUGUGCCGGUGCCCAAAAAGAUAAAACCCAAAAAGGAAAAGCGCUCUGAGAAGAUAAAUGCGGACUUGGAAAUAUACAAUUCGUUUACAAAACGCUUCGAUUUUGAGCUGUCCACAGACAAUAUCAACGAUUUGAUUGCGGGAAAAGAUGUGACGAGCAUCAAGGAUAAUUGGUCUGCCUUGGGAAAUGUCAAGUUUGAGAUUCCACGACUGUCUGAGGACUUCAAGGAGCCCGAUUGCAGUGAACCCAAAGACAUUGCCAGUUCCUCAGAUCUUCAAAAGUUGGAGGUUAAGCUGUCUAUCUGUGGAAACGCCAAGCUUCCACUCACGGCCCUGCAAUCCCAACUAUUCUACGUUGCCAAUAACUAUCAGGAUAUUUAUUACCCCCACCGAAGUCAUGCCAAUGCCGAGGAUAUUCGAUAUGUAUACUGCCUGCACGCCCUUAACCACAUGCUUAAAGUCAGGUCCCUGAUAUUGCGUAACAAUGAAAAGGUUUCGGCACUGGCCAAAACCCAGAAAUUAUCACCUAACGAAAUCUCCAUACCAGAAAGCUUCAGAGACCAAGGACUAAAGCGUAUGAAGGUUGUUUUCAUAGUGCCUUUCAGAGAAUCGGCACUAAAGAUUGUAAAUAUUAUUGGAGACCUAAUGUUUGGCAGCCAAGAUGAAAAUGCUAGAAAGACCUCAAUUGCCAACUAUGAACGCUUUCUGGGAGAUUACUCUGGCAACACGAUAUACUUCCCAAAAACCAACCCCAAGCCAGUGGACUAUGAGCAAACCUUCAGUGGCAACACGGAUGACAACUUUAAACUGGGAAUUCGCUUCACCAAGAAGACCAUGGCUCUUUUCUCCGACAUGAACGCAUCGGACAUGUUGAUCGCAUCUCCUUUGGGUCUAAGAAUGCUCGUCACCGACAAGGAUGAUGACUUUGACUUUUUAAACUCGAUUGAACUGCUUGUUGUUGACCAAGCCGAACUCUUUCUGGCGCAAAACUGGGAGAAUCUUCUGCACUCCCUGGACCAUCUACACUUGCAGCCGCAGAAGUUGCCGGACACGAAUUGCCAGCGGGUUCGAACUUGGUGCCUCAGUGGCGCAUCGAGUUUCUACCGCCAAACCCUGUUUUUCUCAUCCCACGAGCUCCCAGAAUUCCGAGCAGUGCUCAACAGUAAAUGCAACAAUUACCAGGGAAAGGCACGGAUCUCGAAUCUGAUCGAGCACGGCGACAUUCGCAAUGUGCUGACACCAAUUCAGCAGGUUUUCCGCCGCAUCAGUUGCUCCAACGUGGAGUCGACCUUCGACGAUCGCUUUCAGUACUUCGUCAAGCAUAUUAUGCCCCAAUUCAGCAAGCCCGGGUUCUCCCAUUGCAUGCUGUACGUGCCCAGCUAUUUUGACUACGUACGGAUACGAAAUCAUUUCAAAACCGAAAUGGUCAGUUUUGUGCAGAUAAAUGAGUAUACAAAGAAAGAAAAGAUUUCCCGGGCGAGAGAUAUAUUCUUCCACAGCGGAGCAUCUGUUCUACUCUACUCGGAAAGAGCACACUUCUUCCGGCGCACCCGAAUUAAGGGCAUCCGGAAUUUGAUUAUGUACCAACCGCCCAAUUUUCCGCAUUUUUAUUCCGAAAUGAUCAAUUUGAUGCUCGAGUCCAAUCAAAACCCGCGGGAUGGUUUCGGGGAAGAAAUGUCCGUCAAUAUUUUGUACACAAAAUACGAUCUGCUGAGUUUAAGUAACAUUGUUGGAAGCGAAAACGCUGUGAAAUUGACUUCUGGGAAGAAAGAUUCUUACUUAUUUUCCACCAAAACAUAAAUGUCAUUAAGAGCAGACUAACAAAUGUGUAUAUAUUUAAUUUUGAAUUAAAAUAUUUUCUUAUUUUUAACAAGGA